AUGCCACGUGUCGAAUUAACAGAAGAAGAGAAAUUGAACUUAACGAAAAAAAACCUACUAUUCAAAAGGUUUGUUGAGCCGGGAAGAUUAUGCCUUGUUGAAUAUGGUCCCUAUGCGGGAAAGUUGUGCUUUGUCAUUGAUAUCGUAACUCUAACUAGAGUUAUUGUCGAUGGAGGAUUUGUAACCGGUGUACCUAGAAUGAUUAUGCCAUUGAAAAGACUAAAGUUAUUAAAGGAAAGAAUUAAAAUAAAAAAAAACUGCAAAAGUGGGUAUUUGAGAAAAACAAUAAAUAGCACUAAAAUAUUAGAAUCAUUUAAGGAAUCUAAUCUUGGGAAAAAAAUAAUAGUAAAAAAAAAAAGAGACCUAGCUACAGAUUAUGAAAGAUUUCAGGUAUAUUAUGCCAGGAGAGCUUUAAAAAAAAAAAUAGCUUCCUUAAUUAUUAAAAAAAACACAAUGAAAAAAAAGGGUGGUAUAAGUAAUAAGGAGAAAACUAAAAAAGUUAAUAAAACUGCAGCCAAGAAAAAAUAA